GCUAUAGCUGCUUUAGAUAGCCGGACUCUGGUGAAAGCAAUGGAGACGUGCCUAUGUUGCCAUGUCAACACCGGAUUUGUCGUUGUUGCCACUGAAGCCGGGUGACCAACUUUGGCGCCGGCUUUCAGAUGGAACUUGUUGGCACGCGUUGUACGUAGGGCAAUUCCUCCUGGUCUUUGCAGAAGAUGGGGUUACAUUGACGCUUCAACCAGCACAAGGUGAAAUUCUGCCACCGUGCGUGGUGGCAGUGCAAGCAUCGGAAGCUGGUAGUGCAGUGACACGGAUACCUUUGACGGAAUUCGUUGAUCCUUCUUGCGGGCCAGGCGAUGCCAAGGAAACGGAGGAGUGCACAAGCCCAACAAGGGUCUCGGCAGCAGACAUUUCUGUGCGGCUUUAUGCGAGAAGACCUCGCGGAAGACGUGCCGCCGUUGCGCGGGCUUUGACUGCCAUUGGCACACAGGUGGAUAGAGGAGCACUACUCGGAUUGCCAGAACUGCUGCCGUGGUGGGCCAUCUUCGACGAAAGCAACGACUUCCAGCCUGGACUUUGUGCAUCUCGCAGUAGAGCAGUGCGCUACCGCCUUUCUCCCAAGGCAGAAGGAAGUACGGUGCCUCCACAGCUUCUCAAUGCAGUUUUGGCCGGAGGAGCUGUCAUGAGGCAAGGACGAGUAGUCCUUCGUGGUAUUCGCUUAGUGAAGGCUGGUGUGCUGGAGAAAUAAUGAGACGUUACAUAUGUAUAUACAUGUAUAUCUUGAAUUACAUCAAGCAAAUGAGGGAGUCUUGCUACAGUUUUAUGGUAGGCGCUUCGGCUGGGCAAAGCGGCAGGAGCUGUGGCAUCUGCAAGUGUCUUGGCUUGUAUCGGAGUGAAAAGAAGCAUUAGACAAACUAUUGGUGGUAAGGCACCAGCUGGGCAAACCUUGGAGGCGAUAGCUGGAAGCCUGCUGGAUGAUGGAGACACCACAACAGCUGUGGCCACUGCAGCCGGGGGUUGGGCCGGUGGACUUGCAGGAGCUGAACCUUUUUGGAUGACAUGCUUUCCAAGUCUGUCAGACAAAUGCAUCAAGGAAUGUCGUGUGUGAAAAGAAGGCGAAGUGAUGGAAAGACAGGAAGGCAAGGGC